AUGCCCGACGGCCACGAGUCAGACGACGAGGCACUCUUCGCCGCCCUCGAGAACGAAGACGACCUAAGCUACCGUGACCACCGCAUCCAACAGCUCAACGCCGAGCUAGCCUCACAAAAGACCAACCGCGACACGUCCAACACAAACCACGGCGCCGGCCUACGGGACAGCCCAUACCCGACACUAGACGGAGACCAGGGCGUGCUGAACUUGACGACGGAAGCGACACGGUGCAUUGUACACUUUGCGCACGAUGAUUUUGCCCGGUGUGCAGUGAUGGACGCGCGAUUGGAGGAGCUGGCGGGGCGACACUUCGAGGUGCGGUUUGCGCGGGUGGAUGUGCGGUCGACGCCGUUCUUGGUGGAGAAGCUUGGUAUUCGCGUGUUGCCUUGCGUGAUUGGGUUCAAGGAUGGAGUAGGCGUUGAUCGGAUAGUUGGAUUUGAAGGGCUGGGGACUGGGGGUGUGGAAGGAACGGAUAAAUUCAGUGUCCAGACGCUCGAGAAGAGGCUUUUGUAUAAGAAGGUUUUGCUGGAGGCCAAGUUCUCUAGCGAGGAUGAUGACGAGGUCGAAGAGGACAGUGGCAGUGACGAUGACACGGUGCGGAGACGACGUCCAGCGAAGGCGAUUCGCAGUGGGAAUACUCGACGGAACCGCGAUGACGACGAUGACGACUGGGAGUGA